GCGGCGGGGAAGGCGCUGCCCGCGCCCGCGGGCGGCUCCGCGCGGCGGAUGCGUGUGCAUGAGCGCUGCACCGAGCGGGCGCAGGAAGCGCCCCCGCUCCGCCGCCUCCAUCUUCCAGGGCAGCAGGACCUCGCCGCAUGGCCGCGACAGCGACCGCCGGGGCAGCGGCUCCGAUAGCGACUACCAGACCCAAAGAGCCCUGGACGACUGUAAAAUGCUUGUCCAGGAGUUCAACACCCAGGUGGCUCUCUAUCGGGAGCUGGUAAUUUCCAUUGGGGAUUUCUCCGUUACCUGUCCGUCUCUGCAUGCAGAAUUGCACAAAACUCGAACACGGGGAUGUGAGAUGGCCUAUCAGGCUCAUCAAAAACUAGCAGCUAUUUCUGGCCCAGAAGAUGGCGAAAUUCAUCCUGAAAUCUGUAGACUAUACAUCCAGUUGCAGUGUUGCUUAGAAAUGUACACAACAGAAAUGCUAAAGUCCAUGUGUCUGCUAGGAUCACUGCAGUUUCAUCGGAAAGGAAAAGAACCUUGUGGCCCAGCCAAGAUCCUAGAUACUAAAGCGGAAGAGAGUUCUGAAGUACCUAUUUUAGAAGAUACAUCAUUAUCACCAACAGAUAUUCAACAGCAUCUAUGGCAGGUUUCCACAGAUAUUGAAAACACUGAAAGAGAUAUGAGAGAAAUGAAAAACCUUUUAAGCAAACUCAGGGAGACUAUGCCUUUACCACUGAAAAAUCAAGAUGAUAGCAGCCUCCUAAACUUGACUCCAUAUCCACUGGUAAGAAGACGGAAGCGAAGAUUCUUUGGAUUGUGUUGUCUUGUCUCAAGUUAGAAGAUUAAGUACAGAAGCACGAAGAAAAUCAUGAUUUUGAUUAAACCACUAUUAUUUGAUUGCUGCAAAGAUUAAAGUGGCUAAUCUUGAUUAUAAAGUACAUUUUCUACACUAGGCUAUUCAUUUUUGUCUUCUGCUCCAUCCCCCUUUUCAAAUAAGGGUUUUAAUAGUUAAAAAUUAUGGUGAUCAAAAAUGGCUAUGGAAUAGAUCUAGCAUAUUUAAAACUUUUUAAAGUAUGUUUUGCAUGCCUACUUUCAAUCACUCAAAGAAGACACAUGAAUUAUGGCUCAUAGAUCAUUUUAGAGAUUUUUUUUAAUUGUUUGAAUUGCAGCUAAAUGUUUGUGCAUAGUACAGUACUCUUACUAGUAUCAUAUUAAAAUCAUACUCUAACAGUCUUUAAGCAUAGGAAACUAUUUAAGAGCAAAACUAUUAAAGUUCUAAGGCAUUUAAACAAUAUUGUAAGRGAAUUUGUACAAAAUCUCCAGUUGCUUUUUGUGCUCUCAUUCAUAUUUAGUCUUCCACUGUAUCUCAACUUCAAAGCUUUAUUGAAAAAUAUCUUAAUUUAUGAUACCAACCGUAUAUGAAACUAGGUAGGACUUGUAAAUACAGAGAAAUCAUAAGAUCUAUGAAUACAAUGCAUAGAAGCAACAGAUUUCCUUUUAAGCCAAUAGUAUAUCUACAAGCUUUUGGAAAAGAAUAAAUAGUUUAUUAAAAGAAGGUCUAUUAAAAUAAACAAUGUAAAACGCAAUGCCAACCCAUUUUGUUUCCAGUAGAAUUCAAAGCAUGGUGUCUGCAUAUCACUAAGUAUUGGUCUUACAAGGCAUGCCAGAAUUGUCUUAGUCUAUAAGAUAUUAAACGUUUYACAUUGUUAAUAAAGUUUUUUAUUUAUA